GAUUGAAAUUAACUAAACAGAUGUCUCGGCAGGUCGCGUGGGGAGACAUGUACCCGUAAAAGCCCGCGGCAACUGAAUGAGACGUAAAUUAGUGACUACGCCUGCGCACACCUAUCAGAAUAUCGAGCCGCCCUUCCUCCCCGCCGCCAACUUGCACCGCAGGGUCGGGCGGACGUCGACUCACAACAACCCCGAGUUGAUUUGCUUCGCUAACUGAACACUUUCCGAGUUAAAAUGGAGAGUCCGCAACGCGCCGAAAACGAUCAUCCCCUUCUGCUGCCGUCUCUGCGCCUCUUCAUAGCCCCGCUGCGCCUGGCGUCUGCAGCCAUGUGGCAGGUGGUGCAGAGGGGAAAUGUGCACGACUAUGGGAUGGUGGAGGAGUUCAUCAGCACUGUGACAGAAAUUGUACCUGAACUACUGAAUGCAGAUCAGAAAGCUCAGCUCCUUCUGGGCCUCAGAGCACGGGUGGUUCUUGAGCUGUGUCAAGCCGAGCAGAUAUCUGACAGAGAAACCAUCGAGAUGCACCUGGAACAGAUCAAAACCCUCGUAUCCACUUGGGCAGCGCAGCCAUGUUUUGCAGAGGUUGUGUUUCCAGAGUCGAACUUUGUGGAUCAGAUUGAAUUGUUGUUGAAAGACCCCGAUGAGAAGGAGAAGUUUUUCCAGGAUGUCUUCCCGACAGAUUUUGGGCCUGAAUACGACGGCGCUCUGCAGGUGCUAAUGCUGGAUUUCCUGUCCAGACUGGAGAAGCUUCUCCCAGUACCAGACAUCCAGCAGACGGCGUCCAUGCUCUGCGCUGUCCCAUCAGCCCUGGAGGAGUGCGUGCACUCAGUUCCUGACCUGCAGCAUCUGAAAGCUGUGCUCCUGUAUCACACAACACUCGGACAUUUCGAUUUAUCUGAUGAAACUCAAACCAUUCCAUCUUCUUUUGGGAAUUGCAUCCUGUCUUCAUUGUCCCUCCCUCAGCUGGAGAAGGUUGUGAUCGAUGCGGAUCAAAUACAGCUACAGCCUCCAUCAGAGCAGAUACAGGGGUGUAUGACUGUCCAGGUGGAGGGUGAGACUGUGACUCUGUUGGACUACAUACAGAUUGAACAGCCGUUGGUUGAGCCUGACAUUCAGGAGGAAAAUGAAGUGAACGAGGAGGAGACAGCCGGAGAAGGGACAGACGAGGACGUUGGUGACGCCUUAAAGCCAGCGGCUUUUCAACCACUAAAACAAAGCAAGAGGCUGCAGCUAAAAAGAAAAGCUUUAAAAGAGAAUGACUCGUUGACAGCUAAGAGGCAAAGAAAGAAAUACCCCAACAAUAAGACGUGUCCCGUGUGCAAUAAGACAUUCCUUCGGGCUGCGGCCAUGAGACGACACCAGGAAAUUCAUUCUGAAAAUCGGGAUCUCAGGUACAAGUGCGCCAACUGUGACAAACGAUUCAGGGACCAUUACGACAUGAACCGACACAACAUGCGCGUUCAUGAAAAGGAAGAGCUGAGCAGCAACUCUAAAGAAGAAGACCCAGGGGAUCCCAGCACCUCUGACAUGAUGUCAGAAAACAAAAACUGCGGUCUGUGUGGGAAGUAUUUUGCCCGCCGAGUCGACAUGGAUCGCCACAUGAAGUCCCACUCAGAGGACCGACCGUAUAAAUGUUCUUUCUGUGAGAAGAAAUUCAAGAAUCCUUAUGUCUUAAAGAGACAUCAGAAGGAGAUUUGUAAGAGCAGAGAGCUGAAAAAGCCAAAGAGGAAAGAGACACAGCGACCAAAUCCACAGCCGCCUUCAGAGGGGUCGACGGAGGGUAAAAUCUGCCCCAUCUGCAGCAGGAUCUUACCUUGCACCGCAGACAUCGCAAAGCAUUUACGGUCUCACUCGGAAGAGCGUCCUUUCAUUUGCGUCACUUGCGAGAAGGGCUUCAAGUACAAGGACACAUUGAAGAAGCAUCAGAUCAUUCACGGCCACGAGGGGAUCAGAGAGGAGCAGAGCAAGACAGUGGAACAGAUUUUGGCUGAAGCAGACACUCGCAAUUGUGAUGACACUAGUAGCCUUGAUAAAAAAGAAAGUAAUCUGGAGGUGCCCACGGACACAAACGAGGAGUCCCCGUCUGCACCUGUGCAAAAAGUCAACAAAAAAGCCCUGAAAGUGUGUCCUGUGUGUUCCAGGGCGUUCGACAGUGUCAAAACACUAAACAGGCACAUACAGUGUCACACAGACGAUCGGCCGUAUCAUUGCGUCCACUGCAAGAAGCGUUUUAAACACAUGCACGGGCUGAAGCGACACCAGAUUUACGCCAUCUGUCACAAGAAAAUCACCCGGUUCUUGUGGAAAAAGGAGCCGAGGGCGGGGCCCAGCCAAAGCGAAAUGACCAGCGCCGACACCCAACAGGGGCAACCGCUGAAGAUACCAGUGUGGUGUUCAAACUGCGGCAAACACUUUGAAUACCUGUCCGCUUUGAAGGAGCACCAGGAGAACGUGUGCAAAGUGGACGUGAGGGAAAUCAUGAAAUGCGACAACUGCGGGAAAGAGUUCAAAAGCAUGACCAUGCUCAAAGUGCACCAGAGGAUCCACAACCCGCUCUACUGCAAAGAGUGCGGGAAGAUACUGGCGAACGAGGCCGCCUUCGAGAGGCACAAACUGAUGCACAGGCCGAUGCAGUGCACGAUGUGCGACAAGACUUUCACCUUGCUGAGACGCUUGAGGGAACACUACGAGAAGCAGCACAACUUCACCGGCCCGUAUCCCUGCGCGCAAUGUGACAAGACCUUCAUCCAGCUGUCCUACCUCGCCAUCCACCAGAGAAUCCACAAAGGAGAGUUCCCUUACAUUUGUAACCUGUGUCCAGAGAAGUUCAGGUCGUCCAACUGUCUCACGGUUCACCUGAGGAAACACACAGGGGAGAAGCCCUUCCUGUGCUGGCAGUGUGGGAAGUGUUACCGCUCAGCCUCAGAGCUCACGGUCCACAUGGGAACCCACUCUGAGGAGAAACCCUGGGCGUGCACAGACUGCGACAUGUCUUAUCGCACAAGGCUGCAGCUGACGAACCACAUCGAACAAAUCCACAUGGGCGUCCGGUAUCCCUGCAACAGCUGCGGGAAGCAGUUCAUGAAAGAGACGUCCCUGAAGAGGCACGAGCUCAUCCACACGGGCGAGAGGCCUCACCAGUGCACCGUGUGCGGUAAGACCUUCCUGACCGCCAACGAGCUCCGGCUGCACAACAGGUACCACACCGGCGAGCGGCCGUACAAGUGCGAGGUGUGCGGCAAAGCCUUCAUCCAGUCGGGAUAUUUGAAGUCGCACAUGCGCAUCCACACGGGAGAGAAGCCGUUUAAAUGUGACAUAUGUGAUAAAGGCUUCAGGUUGUCGUAUCACAUGAAGAAACACAGGCGGACUCACGCCGGGAAGCCAAAGAGCUACAUAUGUGAGGAGUGUGGGUUAGCGUUCCUCCAGAAAAAAUCCCUCUGGGAACACUCGCUCACUCACGCGGUGAAAAUCGAACCUUCAUUCCCUGAUGAAGUGGAGGUCGUACUGCAGUAGAAAUCCUUUUGUUUUAAUGCAGGUUGUUUUCUUUUAUACAAUGAUGAAGUUUUCUCAUGUGGUCACCAAAAAUACUCUUCAUUUCCUGGUUAUUCAUUUGUUAUUUGAUUUUGACCAAGUUAUUUCUGUUCCCGUUGUCGCUUCACUGUUGAUUCACAUGUUCUGAGGCAUAUUGAUGAUCUAUAAGGCAUGUGUAUGAUUUCUGCUUACAAUGCUUUAUGAAAUAAAAUUAAAUCAUGAGUUCAAUUCUUGCACUCUUUGUUUUUAAGUGAAGCUUCUGUAAAGAUUGACAGAAGUCAUUGACAGUAGUUUUAAGUAACUUCUAGUUUCUCUAGUUUCAGGAUCUGAUUCUUCAUUUUAUAUUAAAUGAUUUUGGCUGCGGACUGUUGGUCGGACAAAACAAGCAAUUUAAAGAUGUCACCCUGGGCUGUGGGAAAUUGUGAUGGAUGUUUUUGAUUGUUCUGUAAAAUUUUAGAUCAUUUGAUUCAGAGCUAAAACUAAAUUAUUUAUUAUUAUUGAAUAAUCUUAGAGACCAAGAUAACGUGUAAAUAUCUGGUUUUGUCCGAUUAACAGUAUAAAACCAAAGAUGUUUAAUUCACUGUCAUAAAGCAAAGCAUAUAGCAACUCAAAAGAUGAAUCAAAUGUUCAAAUAAUUAAUCAAAUGUUAUUAAUAGUUACUGAUUAAUUUUCUUUUGAUCCACUAAUCCAUUUAUUGGCUAUGAAUCAACAGGUUAAUCAAUAGUGAAAAUAAUUGUUGGUAAUAAAAAGUAGAGUAACUAUUUCAAAAAUUGUUUGAGGUUGUAUUAAUGUGUUUUAACGAAACAUCAAAGUACCAGUGUGUCCCAGUUGAACACUAUAUACUAACUGUAAACAGUAUACUAUAUGAUUUUUUUUGCAGUUAGCACGUGAUUCAAUCAAAAUGUGACUCCAAAUUAAACUUCACAAACAGA